AGAAUAAAGCUUUUAAUCAGGAUAUUAGUAGCAGAACAAUAUAAAAGACAAGGCUUAGGAGGCCAAAAACUUCAAGAAAAAUCCAGAGCUGUGAAGCUAUGAGAAUCGUCAGUUUUGUUGCUCGAACCUAGAAGAGUUGGACGAACGAAAAGGCAAAAUGAUCAGGGGAUAUAGAGACUCUCCACUGCAUGACGAUCAACAACUCAGAUGGGAUCAUCAUUCGACUGCUCAAGAUAAUCCAAGAUAUGGUGCACCAGCAGCAUACAGGCCAUUUACGGAAAGACCUGCCAUAAGACCGGCAUAUGGCCGAACCAGUAUUCCUUCGGAUUCUUAUCCUUCAACACGAAUCAUAGUCUUCAGCAACAGCACGAGUCACAGAAUUAACCCUAGGCUUCCACAAGCUUCACACGGGCUAAUGCCCAGAUUCAGUGGCAACGAAACCAUUUGUGUACCUACAGAAAAUGAUGACUCAAAGCUAACAAAAGAACACCAAGAAAUCGUCCUUAAGAAACUCAAGAAAGAAAUCUACUAUCCUACGCCUAGAACCUUGGCAAGAAGAGUGAAUCUAUAUUAUAGGGAUCUUAACAAUGGCACUAGUACCUCAGCAAUGGAAAAGGAUAGAGAUGAAGGUGGAAAAAGCUGUGCUGUUUGUUUAGAGGAUUUCGAGCCUAGAGAAGAAGUGAUGCUGACUCCUUGCAGUCAUAUGUUUCAUGAAGAAUGCAUUGUACCUUGGGUGAAAAAUCAUGAACAUUGUCCUGUUUGUAGGGCCAAUUUUAGUGAGCGGAGAGAAAAUGGCUCAGCACUGAACAAUAGUAGACCGCCAAUGGUUCAGCCUGCUGAUCAGCGUGUUCUGUUUUCUGACGAGCUUCUUUCUCUUAUUCAAGCUGUAGAUGAAGCUUUUCCUUGGAGAUUUUAGAUUUUGUUUUCCUGUUGGAAGUAUGUCAUGUCAUAGAAGAUUACGGUUUAGUACUAAUGUGUUGUUUUACUCAAAAAGGUUUUUGUUGCGUAACAAAGAAGUACAAUCUUUACAGUGUAGAUACCAAACUUGUAGUUGAGAUUUUAUUGUAUGACAUGAUCAUUUCAGAUUUUUAGGUGCUGCA